AUGUCCCGCCAGGUGGAAGAAGAGAGAAGUUUGACAUUUGUUCAGAGAUGGCCCAAAACAAGCACAUUCAUACUGUCCGCCUUCGCGUCUUCUGUGGCGGAGAUAUCUACCUUUCCCCUUGAACUCACAAAAACUCGACUUCAGAUUCAAGGAGAAACUACAUUGAACCGUAACCGUUUUGCCAAAACCUAUGUCCCCUACCGGGGCAUGAUAGAGACAACCCUUGGCAUCAUACGGGAGGAAGGCUUCCUAAAGCUUUGGCAAGGAGGAAUAUCCGCGGUUUAUAGACAAAUAGUGUAUUCUGGGUGCCGAAUGGUCAUCUAUGAAUAUCUUCGUGACUCUGUUUUUGGGAAAUCCAAAGAUAACACAUUUCCUCUCUGGCAAUCAGUCAUUGGAGGAACAGUGUCUGGUGCAUUGGCUCAGUUUUUUUCUUCCCCUGCUGAUCUAGUAAAAGUCCAAAUGCAGAUGGAAGGAAUAAGGAAACUCCAAGGACAGCCUUUACGAUUUCAUGGUGUGCAUCAUGCCUUUAUAAAAAUCAUGAAAGAGGGAGGAGUGCGUGGCCUCUGGGUAGGCUGGGUGCCAAAUGUCCAGAGAGCUGCCUUGGUGAACAUGGGAGAUUUAGUCACUUACGAUUCAGUGAAGCACUUGUUAUUAUUGAACACAUCCCUUGGAGACAAUUUUCUGACUCAUGGCUUGUCAGGUAUGAGUUCUGGACUGGUAGCUUGUCUUCUGGGAACACCAGCUGAUGUCAUCAAAAGCCGGGUGAUGAAUCAACCAACAGAUGAAAAAGGAAGGGGACUGCUGUAUAAAUCCUCGACUGACUGCUUGAUUCAGAGUGUAAAAGGUGAAGGAUUUCUGAGUCUAUAUAAAGGCUUUUUACCAGGUUGGCUGCGAAUGAUGCCUUGGUCAAUGGUAUUCUGGCUUACUUAUGAAAAAAUCAGAUUUAUGAGUGGAAUCGAUCCAUUUUAA